AUGCUGCACGCCAUUGCGCUCGGCAUGCUCAUGUCCACCUUUUUCAUGCCCAUGUGGCUGUACCACAAGUCGACGCAGACCGUUGUCUUUCCCAGCGGGGGCACCUUUAAUUACGACGUCGAGUUGAAGGUCGGCCUCACAAAGUACAUCGCACAGACCGGAAACGGUGAGUCGACCGUCAAGUUCUCCGACAAAUCCUGCCAGGACGACAAGUGGUGCAAGGAUCACAAGGUCCGAUCGGAUGUGACGCUCGCGUUCCUGGCCAUGGCUGUAGCUGCAGUGGCGGUGGCGACCGGCGGUGCCAACGCCGCGGCGUUUGGUGGCAUCGGCAUCGGCGCCAUGGUGGCCGCGGUGGCCGACCUGGUGGCAGUUGUCUUCUGCAUCGUGGCCAUGCUCAACUACUCGAUGAUCAAGCGCGAGAGGGAGUCCGGCAAGUACGACUUCUCCACCUCGUUCUUCAUUGCCUGGGUCGGCACUGUCCUGCUCAUUGUCGCGGCUGUCCUCUCGGUCCUCGGCAUUACCUCAUGGAAGGGCAAGGGCUCCUCGGUCUCGCCCAACCACGACUCUGAGAACAAGCGCCAGGACGAGGCUUCCGACGAUAGCGAGAGCUCGUAA